AUGACAUUAGGAAACAGAGGUUAUCGAUAUAAAAUAACAAGAAAGGAAGAAACUAAGGAAGUCAGAUUGGCAUCUCGGAAUAAAAAUAAUAGAAACAGGGAGCAAAAUCCUCUACGACGCCAUGAUCAGAAAUCAACGGUUUCCGAUUUGGUGUAUAAAUAUUUAAGAAAGAUCGCGUACACCGAUAGCGUUCGAAAACAACGUAAUAAUGCAUGUAAUAGAUUUCGAAGAAGAAACGCAAGAAAGAGAAUCAUCCAUUCGCGCAGAAACUCAAAUACAGAUAACAGAUUAAAAUCUUAUGUAAGUGAAGCACUUUCUUUCGCGGUGCAUUCUGGUUAUUUAAUCCCCAUCGAUCGUACCGGAAGGUUUCUACAACUUUCCCCGUGUUUGACACUAUUUCCAACGAAAAAUAAAAAUAAUAUGUAUAAACCAAUAAAAACGAAAAGAUUUGAUUGUUCAUCGAGUGAAACGAACCGAUGGAAGCGUUACGGUUAA